AUGUACAACGACCCCUCCCAAAGCCAGUACGGCCAAUACAACGCUUACGGACAGCCGGCUGUCUCACUUCACGAUCAACAUCACCUCCAUCGGCCGAACGUGCAAGGCUCAUCAGCUGGCAAUCGGGAAUAUACUGUACAUACCCAACAACUACCCUCAGGCAGUCAACAGGCUCGGCAGCAGCAGCGACAGCCAAGUGUGGACCGGAGGGCGCAGCGCAGUGAAAUGAUGCAAAGUAUACGGUAGGUUUUUUGGUAGUUUGUUGCAUUCUUGCACUUUUAGGCUUGUGCAUGAAGGCUAAGAAUAUAGGCUAAGAAAAAGUUAAAAGUGGUUUUUUGAAUUAAUUUGUGUUCUUUAUGCUUAAGAUGACUUUCAUAGGCUUAAAAUGAUUUUUUAGGCUUAGAAUGAAUUUAUUAAACUUAAAAUGCUUUUUUAGGCUUAAAAUUACUUAUUAGGCUUAUGACGACUUUUUAGGCUUAAGAUAACUUUUUUAGUCUUAAGGUGACUUUUGUAGGCUUAAAAUGACUUUUUAGGCUUAAAAUGAAUUUUUAGGUUUAAAUUGACUUUUUAGGCUUAAGAAAAUUAUCUUAAGCUUAAAACGGUCUUUUUAGGCUUAAAUGGACUUUUUAGGCUUAAGAAGGCUAUUUUAAGCUUAAAACGACCUUUUUAGGCUUAAAGUUACCUUUUAAGCUUAAAAUGCUUGUUUAGGCCUAAAAUUACUUUUUUAGGCUUAAAAACCUCAUUUAGGCUUACAGAUGACACAUUAAGUCCAAGGAACAAAGUUUAAGCUUAAACUCAUUUUUUAGGCUUAGAAUAUCAUUUUAGGCUUAGAAGCUGUUUUUAGGCUCGCAACCUUAUUUUAGGCUUUAAGAACAUUUUAAGGCUUAGAAUCAUAUUUUAGGCUUAAUAACCUUAUUUUAGGCUUAACAAUAUUUUUGAACUAGAAAAUUUCUUUUUAGGUUUAAAAGUCCCCAUUUGAAACACAAAAAAUAUUUCUAGGCUUAGAACUUUAAACUAAACCAAUAAUAAUAAGCUUAAACCAUAAAAUUGGGCUAAUAAUAGGCUUAGGCUAAUAGUAACUAGGCCAAUAAUACGUUUCCGCUUUCCGUCAGCCCAUCUCUAUCCCUUCAGCUUGCUUACCCCACUUAACGAAGGUAUUAUUUAGCAAGCACAGAUCUCUGGACGGCUCUCAAUUCCUUCGCGAACUUGACAGCCAAGCCCCACCUCCACCACCCCCUUCUUAUGGGGUACCACCAGCUGAUCCUUAUGCUUAUGAUCAAUACUCUAGACAAGGAGUGUUACAACAAAAUUAUGGAGCUAAUAUGGGAGGUGUGGAUUAUACUAGUGGAUAGUAAGUUGGAUUUUGAAAAAUUUUGAAAAUUUUUGAAAAUCUUCUGAAAAUUUUAAAAAUUUCAAAGAAAAUAAUUUUAAAAUUUUGAAAAAAUUAGAUUUUGGAAUGAGGCAUGGUACUAAAAGUACUAUAAAAUGGUUUUCAUGACUUGUUAUGGCCUGUUUAUGACGUAAUAAGCCUCAGUUUUAAAAAUUUCAAAAUAUUUUUUAAAUUUUUUAAUUUUGAAAAGUUUUUUUAAUAGAAAUAUAGUACUAGAAGUACCAAAAAUACUUUUUUUUACGUGUUUCACGGUCUGUUUAUAACGAAAUUACCAUAAAUUUCAAAAAAUUUGUUAAAUUUUAAAAUUAAAAAAAAAUUUUUUUUUGAUAGAAAUAUAGUACUACUAGUACUAAAAAUUAUUUUUCAGCUUUGUUAUGGCAUUUUUAUAUCAUAGUAAUCUUAAAUUUUUAUAAAAAAACUUUCAUUUGGACACUAUUGAUCGUAUAACAUGUCACUUUUGAUAAAAGUAGGCCAUUUUAAGGCGUAAUAUAGCUAUUUUUAAAAAACUAACAUUUUUUUAAUUUUAAUGCAAUUGUAUUUAAACGAAGGCUAUUAUAUAUCGUAUUUUACAUUUCUCGUUCUUUUUGUGAGCUGCGCCCUUGCUUAAUGUUUUUUCUUUAAAAAAUGCAUUUUUUGAUCAUAAUCAUAAAGAAUUUUUACAAAUGUGUAAAAAAGUUACAUUCCGCCCAAAAAAACUCUUUUCAACUUCAAAAAUUAUGUUAAUGUAGCCUCAUUAAUUUGACAAUUGUGAGCUACACCGGUGCCGACAUAAAGAACCCGCCAUAUUUUGUUUGUAAUUUCCUGUAAAAACUGGCGGGUUCUUUCUGUCGGCACCUAUUACAUUAAUAUAAACUAAUAUUCAGACCCAUACCUACAUUAACAUAAACUAAUAUUCCUCUGCCAUUUCAGCCCAGAAAUGACAUCUCAGCUUUACACACCCAAAGUGGCACAACAACACCUCCCCGCAGGCUAUGGCAGUGGUGAAUCGGACCUGUUGAAGCGUGAGAAUGCGGCUUUAAACGAGAAGUUGAACUACAUGAUGAACUCGAUCAAGACCUUCUGGUCGCCCGAGCUGAAGCGAGAACGGCAGGGACGGAAGGACGACUCACAUCGACUGCAACGCUUCCAAGACAAAGUAAUGCAACAGGCGGUAAGUGUUGUCAUGAUGGUUGGUCGCUUUUGUCUUGGUUUUUUGGCCGGUUUGUUGCAGUUUUUGCGGUUUUUUGGGUUUGUAAAGAAAGUUCUUGCCAUUUAUUGAUUUGUAAAGAAAGUUCUUGCCAUUUUUUGUUUUGUAAAGAAAGUUCUUGCCAUGUUUUGUUUUGUAAAGAAAGUUCUUGCCAUGUUUUGUUUUGUAAAGAAAGUUCUUGCCAUUUAUUGAUUUGUAAAGAAAGUUAUUGCCAUUUUUUGUUUUGUAAAGAAAGUUCUUGCCAUGUUUUGUUUUGUAAAGAAAGUUCUUGCCAUUGUUUGUUUUGUAAAGAAAGUUCUUGCCAUUUUUUGCUUUGAAACCCUUUUUCAUCGACGAAAAGCGAGCCCUUUCGCUCCCUUCCCUCUCCCUCUCUACCCGCUCUCUUCUCUCUUGCCUCACCCUCAAACCCAGUCGAAAAACAAGUGCCAACGCUAACCUAACCCUUUGCCUUGCCAUUUGGAGUAUCGCUUCUCGGCCUUUUGGCUAAGAUCAAAGUGUAGUAUCUGUUCUUAUCGGUUUAAUCUCCGGUACGACUUCUAUUGAAGUCAUUCGAGAUUAACAGAUUUUUGGGACCAGCUGAGUUGCGAAGGCUUGCCUUCCGCUCGGCAAGGGUCGGCCCGGUCUUGCACCUACUUCCGGGAACGGCCCAUAUAUUUUUGUCCUUUUAUACAAAAAAUGGCAAGAACUUUCUUUACAAAACAAACAAUGGCAAGAACUUUCUUUACUCUUGGGAAGAUAUAUUAUGUUGGGUAUUGAUGCAACAGUCCAUAUAUUCUUUUUGGUACUUGUAGUAUUCAGAUGACCUUAGUAGUACCGAUCUACCCUAUCUUCCUAUGGUUGAAAAAUGGUCUUUUGGCAAUUUUUUAGGCUUUUUAGCCACUUUUCUUAAGUUUUUAAGGCCUUUUUUGCCAUUUCUAACCUUCAUAAUCCUCAAUGUGAUAUUCUCUAACAUUUUGCUGUUGCUUUGCCGUACCGUUCCAUCGAUUUUAACCGGUUUUAGCGACCGCUUCAGACCGAAAUCCAACAAAUCCGCCAAGAGUUGGACCGUCGAGAGAAGGACAUAACCGAACUCAUGGCCGAUAAUGACAUGCUGGACAUGGAGGAUGAGCUACGUCAACUCAGAAAACAGUUGAUUAAAGAAAGACAACAACAAUAUAACCCGGGGAAUAUCAUCUCACCGCCCAAGGAUUAUACUGACAAGUCGAUGAGUACGAACGAGUAUCAUACUAUGAUCAUGAAACUGGAAAAGUCGGAAAUGGCAUUAGCUGAGAAGCAGCGAGAACUUCAGAAUAAUGAAGUUAGGUGGGUUUUUUGAAAUUUUUUUAAAUUUCAAAAUUUUGAAAAUUUUAAAAACUUAAAAUUUUUUAAAAUUAGGCUUAAAUUACAAUAUAUAGGCUAAAAAUGCGUUUACCAUAUGUCAUUUUACUUUACAAUACCAUAAGAGCCAUUUUGGCACUUUUUAAAAAGUGGAAGUAGCGUGGAAGAUUUUCAGUGCAAAAUACACUAAAAUUCUUCCACUCAACUUCCACUUCCAAAAAGUCUCAAAAACGUAUUUUUAGGAUAUUUUAAGACAUUUUUAAAAUGGAAGUUAUGUGGAAGAUUUUUAGUGCAAAAUAUAUUACAAAUCUUCCACGAAACUUCCACUUUUAAAAAGUGUGAAAAAUUGUUAUUAGACUUUAGUUAUCAUUACCAUAAAUCUCUCCGCGGCAAAAGCCACGUAAUUUUAUUAAUUCGCCUUCCCUAAUCCAAUCUCUUGCAGAUUAAAGGGAAUGGAGGAACAGAAUAAAGAGCUGGAGAAGCGGUUGGACAUAAUCGGCCGUUCCAAUGUGAAUAACGACGCCCAAGUGAAGCUGCUGCAGGACGAUGUUAACAGGAUGCGGCAGAAGCUCGAAACUCGUAAUCAGCUAAUCGAAAGCAAGGAGAACGCGAUUCGGCUGUUGGAGAAGGACGUGGACAACCUGAGGCAACAGCUUCAGGAGGGCAAGCAGACGUUGCAUGUAAGUGUGGGGAGGGGUUGUAGAAGCCAGCCGACGUUGCAUGUAAGUUAGGGAGGGGUUGUAGAGGCCAGCUAACUUUUCAUGUAACUGUGGGAAGGUUAAUAUUAGUAUGGAAUUAGACCUGUCAAGGGGUCAGACGUAUUUUUUUCAGCCUUGCCCGGGAGUCGGACCUUGCUUUGGGCCUCGGCUCUCGGGACCAUAAAAAUGGAAGUUGAGUGGAAGAUUUGUAAUGUAUUUUACACUAAAAAUCUUCCACUCAACUUCCAUUUUUAAAAUGUCUUGAAAUGGCUUAAAAACACGUUUUUGACACUUUUUAGAAGUGGAGGUUUGGUGGAAGAUUUUUAGUGUAUUUUGCAUUGCAAAUCUUCCACUCAACUUCCACUUUUAAAAAGUCUUAGAAUAGCUCAAAAAUGACUUUUUGACACUUUUUGGAAGUGGAAGUUGGGUGGAAGAUUUGUAACGUAUUUUGCACUGAAAAUCUUCCACUCAAUCUUCAUUUUUCAAAAAUGGUCAAAAAUCCUUUUCAUGGCUUAGUACCUUAAAGUAGAGUUUGAGUUUCAUUUUAAGACCAAAAAUGCUCUUUUGGACAAACUUUCAUUUUCUGACCAUUAUAAUUAUUAUGCUUUUCAGGAACACAAAACCCGAAUAGACGCUCAACAACUUCGUGUAGACCAACUCGACACUCUGCUUCGUGAACGUGAAGGUGAGAUCGAGCGUCUCAAACAACGUCUACACCAACAACCAUCGACCCGGAUUGAAGCCGAACUGCGACAACAGAUUCACAACUUGGAGUUGGACAAGAGGAAGCUGCAAGAACAGAUAGACAACAUGAGAUUGGACGCUGAGAAGGACAAACAACAACAGGUAUGUUAUCGUGCCUUAUACAUAACAUAAAGAUGGGCCUAGGCUUGCAAGUUAAUAGCACCCGGACUGGCAGGUUUGAUGUAAGUGCUGUCAUUCUUUAGUUCAUACUAUUAGUGGUCAGCACGUGUAAUAUAUAGCAUAGGACAGCACCAGUACUAUAUCGUACAAGACAGCACCCGUACUAUAUAGUACACUGUAGAAUAGAUUAUACAGCACGGUACAGUAACAAUAUAUAGUAUGUAUAAUAGAUUACACGAUAUUAUAAUAGGUAUCACAAUAGAUAGAGCUUCAAAAAAGAUGGCAAGAACUUUCUUUGCAAAUCAAAAAAUGGCAAGAACUUUCUUUACAAAACAAAAAAUGGCAAGAACUUUCUUUACAAAACAAAAAAUGGCAAGAAUUUUCUUUACAAAGAAAUAAAUGGCAAGAACUUUCUUUACGAAGCAAAAACAAUUAAAAUUUAAAAAAAAACAUUUUUAAGAAGUUUUUUUUUAAAUCUCUAUUUACCCCAUCCCCCCCCCCUCUCUUUAAAAUUAAUUGGCCUAAAAAUAAGCGUUAAAGUUGUAAACAUAAUUAAAAAGUAAUUUGUUGUUCGAAUUAUUAAAAGCUUGUUAUGACAAACAUCAUUUUUGGAAUGAAAAAAAGGAAAAAAGUGCUUUUGCUUUUUUUAUAUAUUGAAGAUUAUGAAAAAUUUAUGUAGACGACAGUUUUGGCAUCAAAAAGACAUGACAAACAAAGGGAAUUCGGUUUUUGCUUGGGACAAGGAUUCCAUUAUAAAUUUUUAAGCCGUACCUAGUCCUGGCACCAGCCUAGCCCUAGCGUUGGCCCUAUCCUAAGCCCUAGUUUAAGAUCUAGCCUGAGCCGUACCUUUAGUUUUUGUUUAUAUCAAACAAAGUUUUAAAAAAUUUUUUUAAAUUUUGCACACUCUAACAUGUACAACGUAUUCGUCAUAAACAUUUCCCACUUGUCGCACCAUGUUUUUUCAUUGUAAACCCGUUUAGCUGCAAGUGUUUCAAGAAGAAACCCGCCAACUCCGUUCCACAAUUGAGUAUCUUCAGAAAGACCUGGCGGAUCGCCAAAUCUUGUUGGCAUCGCAAAAUGAGAAAAUUAGUCAGUUAGAUGCGAAUGGCAAAGUUAUUGACAAAAAGCUUGACAUCUACGCUAAUAUCAAUGAUAAGAAAGUGCAUGGGACGUCAGAUAAUACACUGACAGAUUUGGAUGAAGCUAGGAAAGAGGUGGAUCAUUUGUUAAGGACGGUCCAGAGCUUGGAGAAGGAGAAGCAAAACUUGUUAAACAAACUGGCUACUAAUAAGUUAGUUUGUCAUUUUAUAAAAGACAUUAGUGUGAGCUUUCUUUACAAAGCCAAAAAAAGGCAAAACAUUUUUAUACCGUCUUAAAAAAAGCCAAUACGAAAGACGUAUUUUACAACAAAAACUAGUGAUAGCCAAAACUUGCAUUACAAAAGAAAAAUGACAACAUUAUUCAUUACAGAUCCUCCGACACUUAUACCCAUACCUCAAGCACGGUCGACUAUAACGCAACCGGUCGCAAAGGUGAAGGAACGCUGAAAAUUCGCAUUGAAGAACUAGAAGAAGCAUUAAGAGAAUCUGUUGGAAUUACAGCAGAAAAAGAUAAACAGUUGACAGAACAAAAGAAUUUAAUCCAACAGUUAACUGGUCAACUGAAUGAACUCUACAAAGAUCCAACUAGACGACUUAAAGGUACUAAAACAGAUGCUGACGUUAAAGCAUGGGAGGAUGAACGACAACGGUACCAACGGCAGUUGGUUAACUUGAGGUGGGUUGGGAAAACAUUGUUGGUAAUGACAUUGAGACGGUCUUAAAUUUUUUUUAUUUUGUAUUUUUAAGUACCAUUACUUGCAUAUGCUAGAUAGAUCUGUUUUUGAGAAGAAACUAUUUGUAGCUAUGAUAGUACAGUUGAACUUUGCGUUGUACGUUGCUUGAGUUUGAAUUUCCGUGAGCCAAUCAAUCCAAAAGCAGUGAUAAUAAUAAUAGCAUUCAGACCAAACUUGCCUGAUUCACUGAAAACAAAGACGUAGAACAUAAAAUUGUUUGUAUGUAUUCGGAACUAACUGUAGUGAUAAACUAACAAACCUAAAAUUGAAAACAUUAGAGCACUAAAAUAAAAUAAAGUUUAAGCCUAUAAACAACCGCGACACGAAUAAACAGUACCUAGAAAAACCUUUUUAAAAUAGCAUAAAUUUUAGAAAAGAAGUAACAAUGGCGGCAAUCCGAGAAAAAGAAGCAUGCAUCCAACUUCUACAAGGUCCUCCAGAGCCAAUAAAAGAAAAAGUUGAAAUAUUAGCGCGCCAAAAAGAACAGCUGCGCCAUCGACUUUUAACCCAAAAUAAUGAACAAUACAGCACGUCAGAAACCGGUCCUUACCUGGCUAAUGUUUGGAUGGCAGCUCAACAAACGACUGAACCCUCCACAACCAGUUUUAUACCUAAUGUCCACACUAAACCGCUAGGAACAGCUGGUAUGGCUAUGGGAACAGGAAUGGCUGGUAGUGGCGCUGGGUUAGGUAUGGGCGGCGCUGGCUUGACUGGAGCUGGCGGAGUAUUAGCUGGAUCUGGCGCGGGAUUAACGAUGGGAGCCAGUGGUAUAACUGGCACAGGAACUAACUACGGUACUAGUGCCGGAAUAACUAUGGGAGGAGCUGGACUACCUCUAGGAGCAUCUGGUUUAUCUAUGGGAGCCUCAGGCCUUCCGAUUUCUAGUACUGGCAUGCCGUUAGGUACAGCAACCUCUCAACCCACUUCAACUAUGGUUAAUGGAACUUCAGCAGCAUCUCGAGUUCAACAUUAUCAACAACAACAAUAUGCAAACUAUGUAGCUUCUAGUGGAGGUGGUACGGCUGCUCAAGGAACAGCUACACUUGGCCGAGCUGCACUGGGAGCUGCUGCAGCUGCUAGACCUGUUGCAGGUGGGUUUGAAGGUUUUGAAAAUUAACAGUUGUUUAAAAAGUUGCAAAAUCAUCAAUGGGGCAAAAAAGUUAAAUGUUCCAGUUAGUAACAAAGGUAAAAUACGUAUUAUAUAAAUGGGUUAACAAAAAGAUUUUUUGAACAAUAACAACAUGCAAUUUAAUUACAGGAGUAACUGCUGGUGGAGUAGCAGCACCAGUGAAUGUAACAAUUCCACAAUACGGCACUGUACCGUCAGCCCCUGCUUCGUUUACAUACGGCAACAGAGUAAGAUUUUUUUACUUUUUGCAGUAGUAUUACUGCUUUUUAGUAGUAGUGUUACUGCUUUUUAAAUAAUAUAAAUUUUACUGCUUUCAAUAUUAGGCUAACUGCCCGGCUGUUCAACCUUGCGUUUGUAAUAAAAGGUAUUAGAUGUUAAUGCUACAUACUAUUUAGUAAAAAACAACAUUUAAGAUAUUACAGUAGACCUAUAUUUACGUUUGGAUUUUUAGGCAGAUGGAGGUGAAGACGAAGGAAUUUGGGCAUAA